GGCGGUGUGAGCGGCCUCGGGGCCGCGGUGGAUGCGGUCGAAGAUGAUCAUUGAGAACUUCGAGGCGCUCAAGUCCUGGCUCAGCAAGACCCUCGAGCCCAUCUGUGAUGCUGAUCCAUCAGCCCUAGCAAAAUAUGUUUUGGCUCUGGUAAAGAAAGACAAAAGUGAAAAGGAAUUAAAGGCAUUAUGUAUUGAUCAGCUCGAUGUAUUUCUACAGAAAGAGACACAAAUAUUUGUGGAAAAACUUUUUGAUGCUGUGAAUACAAAGAGUUAUCUACCUCCUCCAGAGCAGCCAUCAUCAGGAAGCCUGAAAGUAGACUUUCUUCAGCACCAAGAAAAAGAUAUAAAAAAAGAAGAGCUCACAAAGGAGGAAGAGCGAGAGAAAAAGUUUUCCAGAAGGCUGAAUCAUAGCCCUCCCCAGUCCAGCUCCCGAUACAGAGACAAUAGAAGCCGUGAUGAGAGGAAAAAGGAUGAUCGUUCUCGAAAAAGAGAUUAUGACCGAAACCCUCCUCGAAGAGAUUCAUACAGAGACCGGUAUAACAGAAGGCGAGGGAGAAGUCGCAGUUACAGCAGGAGUCGGAGUCGAAGUUGGAGUAAAGAGAGGCUUCGUGACAGGGAUAGAGAUAGGAGCAGGACCAGGAGCAGAAGCAGGACACGGAGCCGGGAAAGGGAUCUAGUGAAACCUAAAUAUGACCUGGACAGAACAGAUCCAUUAGAAAAUAAUUACACACCAGUCUCUUCGGUGUCUAACAUCUCAUCUGGCCACUACCCUGUGCCUACUUUGAGCAGCACCAUAACUGUAAUCGCUCCUACUCACCAUGGUAAUAACACUACUGAAAGUUGGUCUGAAUUCCAUGAAGACCAAGUGGAUCACAACUCUUACGUGAGGCCGCCAAUGCCCAAGAAACGUUGUAGAGACUAUGAUGAAAAGGGGUUUUGUAUGAGAGGAGAUAUGUGUCCUUUUGAUCAUGGAAGUGACCCAGUAGUGGUAGAAGAUGUGAACCUACCUGGAAUGUUGCCUUUCCCGGCACAGCCGCCUGUUGUUGAAGGACCACCUCCUCCUGGACUGCCUCCACCACCUCCAAUUCUUACACCCCCACCUGUGAAUCUCAGACCCCCAGUUCCACCUCCAGGUCCAUUGCCACCCAGCCUGCCACCUGUCACAGCUGAUAUUUCUUAUUCUUUGGUUUUGACAGGACCACCUCCUCCACUCCCUCCUCUACAGCCAUCUGGCAUGGAUGCGCCACCCAACUCUGCAACCAGCUCUGUCCCUACAGUAGUAACAACUGGCAUUCAUCACCAGCCUCCUCCUGCUCCCCCUUCCCUUUUUACUGCAGUUUUUGUGUUACCAGAUACAUACGAUACAGAUGGCUACAAUCCUGAAGCACCAAGCAUAACAAACACUUCCAGACCUAUGUAUAGACACAGAGUGCAUGCACAAAGGCCUAACUUGAUAGGACUGACGUCAGGGGAUAUGGAUUUGCCACCCAGAGAAAAGCCUCCUAACAAAAGUAGUAUGAGGAUAGUGGUGGAUUCAGAGUCAAGGAAAAGAACCAUUGGGUCUGGGGAACCUGGAGUUUCUACAAAGAAGACAUGGUUUGAUAAACCAAAUUUUAAUAGGACAAACAGCCCAGGUUUCCAGAAGAAGGUUCAGUUUGGAAACGAAAAUACUAAACUUGAACUUAGGAAAGUUCCUGCAGAAUUAAAUAACAUCAGCAAACUUAAUGAACAUUUUAGUCGAUUUGGAACGUUGGUUAACUUACAGGUUGCCUAUAAUGGUGAUCCUGAAGGUGCCCUUAUCCAAUUUGCAACAUAUGAAGAAGCAAAGAAAGCAAUCUCAAGUACAGAAGCAGUAUUAAAUAACCGCUUUAUUAAGGUUUACUGGCACAGAGAAGGAACUACUCAGCAGUUACAAACCACUUCACCAAAGGUAAUACAGCCAUUAGUUCAGCAGCCCAUUUUACCUGUUGUGAAACAGUCGGUAAAAGAGCGAUUGGGUCCUGUACCUUCAGGUACUGUUGAACCAGCAGAAGCCCAGAGUGCUACUUCAGACCUUCCCCAGAAUGUAACUAAGUUAUCUGUGAAGGACAGGUUGGGUUUUGUAUCAAAGCCAUCUGUUUCAGCAACUGAAAAGGUGUUGUCUACAUCUACUGGCCUUACAAAAACGGUAUAUAAUCCAGCUGCUUUGAAGGCUGCACAAAAAACCUUACUAGUUUCUACCCCUUCAGUUGAUAAUAAUGAAGCACAGAAAAAGAAACAGGAGGCACUGAAACUUCAGCAGGAUGUAAGAAAAAGGAAGCAAGAAAUUUUAGAAAAGCACAUUGAAACGCAGAAGAUGCUAAUUUCAAAACUAGAGAAAAACAAAACAAUGAAGUCUGAAGAUAAAGCAGAAAUAAUGAAAACAUUAGAGGUUUUGACGAAAAAUAUUACCAAGUUGAAAGAUGAGGUCAAAUCUACAUCUCCUGGACGCUGUCUUCCAAAAAGUUUAAAAACAAAGACUCAGAUGCAGAAGGAAUUGCUUGAUACAGAAUUGGAUUUAUAUAAGAAAAUGCAGGCUGGAGAAGAAGUCACUGAACUUAGGAGAAAGUAUACAGAAUUACAGCUGGAGGCUGCUAAAAGAGGAAUUCUUUCAUCUGGCCGAGGUAGAGGAAUUCAUGCCAGAGGUCGAGGUACAGCUCAUGGCCGGGGCAGGGGUAGAGGUCGAGGACGAGGUGUGCCUGGACAUGCUGUGGUGGAUCACCGACCCAGAGCAUUGGAGAUUUCUGCAUUUACAGAGAGUGAUAGAGAAGAUCUUCUUCCUCAUUUUGCGCAAUAUGGGGACAUUGAGGAUUGUCAGAUUGACGACUCUUCACUUCAUGCGAUAAUUACAUUCAAGACAAGAGCAGAAGCAGAAGCUGCUGCAAUUCAUGGAGCUCGUUUCAAAGGGCAGGAUUUAAAACUGGCGUGGAAUAAACCAAUAACUAACAUUUCGGCUGUGGAAACUGAGGAAGUGGAACCUGAUGAAGAGGAAUUUCAGGAAGAGUCUUUGGUGGAUGACUCAUUACUUCAAGAUGAUGACGAAGAAGAAGAGGACAAUGAAUCUCGUUCUUGGAGAAGAUGAUUUGACUGAUCAUUGAUCUGCAUAUGCUAGAACUCUACCUGUGUUCCAUUAGUAUUACCUAAUGUACUUUUACAUAUUUGUAAAAACAAUUUUUGGUAAAAUAUGAAGAUGGAUUUCCCAAAUAGAUAAAAGAGAAGAAAACUACCUUCUGAUCUUGUAUUUUGAAAGAUUGAUGUUUGCAUUUUAUUUCAGUAAACAAUUGCUAAAGACAUCACAAUAGAA